AGGACUUUUUCAUGUUUUUCUUAAAGAAAACUGAUGGAUUUCCCGCAAUAAUUAAAAACACUAAUUUAAUUCAAUAUAUUCGCAAAGAAAAUUCAGAUUCUCAAAGUAGAAAAAGUGUGACCAGAGCAAUGCGACAUGCGGACUGGUAUUUUCAGCAAAACAAACAACAGCCGCAAAUAACAUAAAAUCAACAAAUAAUGUCGCUAAUAAAAAACUUGGUCAAAGAAUCCGAGCACAAGCCCAAGAAAAAGAAGAAGGAUGAUGGAUCCGGAGGCAGUGAUUCCGAGGACAAGCCCCUGCGACCAUUUGUCAAAACCGCCACAGAUCUGCAACGGCUGAAGUUGGAGAAGCUAAUGAAGAAUCCAGAUAAGCCCGUGGUCAUACCUGAGCAGCGCCGGGAGCGGGACUACAUGUCCUCGGUGCCCAGCUUUGUGCGAAACGUUAUGGGAAGCAGCGCUGGAGCGGGAUCCGGCGAGUUCCAUGUCUACCGCCAUCUGCGCCGGAAGGAGUACGCCCGUCAGAAGAACAUACAGAAUCAGAGCGCCCGUGAAGCAGCGGACGAUGCAUACCAGCAAAAACUGGAUGACAAUCGUCGGGCGGCCGAAGAAAAAACCGCCAAGAAGCGAGCCAAACGACUUAAGAAGAAGCAACGGGCGAAGAAGCCGCGGGAUCAGAAGAAGCCAGAAGCCAAGGAGGUAUCCGAGUCCAGUGACAGUGGUUCGGAAGAUGAGGAAGCUGCAGGAGAGGCUCGAGAAAAGGAUGAGACAGAGGAGGCAGCCAAGGAAUCUACGAAUGCAAACGGCGAGCCAUCAAAAACAGAGGCAAACGACCGGGAACCAGUACAAACAGAAGAAUCGUGCAAAAGAGCUGCUGACAACGAGGAGCAAAAGCCGGACAAAGCCAACUCUGAUGACCAAGACAAUAAGGAGUCGUAGGAUUCAAAAAUACACAAUCUAGUUAUUAAUAAAACAAAUUGCAGUUUUAUUUAUAGUACUUUCGUUAUAUAUAUAUAUUAAGCGAUUUCUACACAUCGCCAGUAGUA